AUGGGCCGCUAUGUGCCCCCGGACGUCGAGGGCACCACCUCGGGCAACCGUCUGCACAACAAACACCCUCUCGGCGCACGCGCCUCGAAACCAGGCGCCCUCACCGUGCGCUUCGAGCUCCCUUUCGCCGUGUGGUGCGGCACCUGUCCGAAGCCCACCAUCAUAGGCCAGGGCGUGCGCUUCAAUGCCGCGAAGCGCCGCGUCGGCAGCUACUUCUCCACGCCGAUAUGGAGCUUCCGCUUCCGCCACGUCGAGUGCGGCGGCGACAUCGAGAUGCGCACCGAUCCGCAGAAUACGGCAUAUGUGGUUGUCGAGGGCGGCGCGAAGAGGGAUACCGGCGAGGAUGUGCCGCGCGAGGGAGAUACGGUCAUCAUGACGGACCAGGAGAGGGAGGCGCUCAGGAAGAACGCCUUUGCGAGCUUGGAAAAGACUAUCGAGGAUAGGGAGCAGCUGAAGCGGUCGACGCUGCGGAUAGACGAUCUGGUCGAGGCUUCGGCGAAGCACUGGGACGAUCCGUAUGCGCAGAACCAGAAACUUCGCAAAGCUUUUCGAGCGGGUCGCAAGGAGCGAGAGCGCGCUGCUGCAGCUACAGGAAAUCUUCAAGACCGCAUGAGUCUCGGCAUGGAUAUUCUUCCAGGCACAGAGGAAGAUUCUCGCCGCGCAGCUCUUGUUGACUUUGGAUCCGUGGAGGACGAUGGCCGAGACCGAGCAUUAUUGAAACCCCUAUUCCACACUAAUGAAGGCAAAAAGAAGUCAGGGGAUACAGCGAGUGGAGGCAAACUCAAAGUCGAUAAGGAAACCUCGAAGCGCAAAGAAACGUUUGUAGCGGAACUUAUGGGCAAUACCCGUGCUGCCAAGGACCCUUUCCUGAAUGAUACGAAGAAUGAAACCAAAGGACCGGCCAGGCUGCUGGGUGUGAAGCGGAAACGACCAACACAAGAACCAGAGUCACAGAGAAUACAACCACCUUCCAAGACACAAGCGCAGGUGACGGUCCAAGCAGGCUUGGUUGAUUAUGAUUCGGAUUAA